CCAUGUCCGACGGGGCUACACGAGCUGACGAUAGGAUACUCCAAUGACAAGUCAACAACAAUCCGGGAAUAUUGCCCGGUCAGCAUGUAAUGCCAUGUAGUGGCCGUAUGUGAUGCUACCCUGAUCAACCUUCCCUACUUGGAUGGCGUUUGCGUUGCCCUUUUACCCUUUUCGGCCGCUUUGUUUUCGUGAUUUGAUGACUUUGGGCACGCCAUGCUUAUUCCAAUGCUAUCUAGCUCUUUGCCUAGCUACUGCGUCAGCACCCGAAAACCCGGGUUCUCUCGUCGCUUCAAAAUAGAUAAUUGCUAGCCUUUAGCUCCUUGGCUCUCUGUUUCCCGUCCAUUGGCAUUGGCAUUGAUAUUUGUCUGUUUCGGCCAAAGUCAUGAAGCUGCGUUGGUUGACGAUCGGCCUUUUGGCCGCCCUCUCUUGGGAUGCCGAUGCUAUGCGGGUUGGAAGACGGGACACUCCCAGAGACCAGCUUCAAUACGAUGUUCACUAUUUCGACCAAAAAGUCAACCACUUCCCCGAUGAUCCGCAGUUCACUAAGUCGCCCCUGAGCAAUGGCACCUUCAAGCAGCGAUAUUAUUUCGACAGCACCUACUAUAAACCAGGCGGACCAGUAUAUCUUUAUAUCUCAGGAGAGACAAGUGGACCCAGCAGAUUCUCCAAUCUGCAGAAUGGGAUUAUUCAAAUCUUGAUGCAAGCUACAAAUGGUCUAGGUGUCAUUCUCGAGAAUCGCUACUACGGAGAAUCUUACCCCUUCAACACCAGCACCGUAGAUGAACUGUUGUUUCUCACAACCAACCAAACCAUAGCUGACAACGCCUACUUUGCUCAACACGCCGUGUUCCCCGGAAUUAACGGUACCCUUACUGCGCCUGGCACUCCAUGGAUUCUCUACGGAGGUAGUUUGGCAGGUGCUCAGACUGCUCUAUCGAUCAAGGUCCACGGGGACGUUCUCUACGGCGGCAUCGCUGCCUCUGCCCCUAUCAAGGUAUCCGUGGGUUAUCCUGAAUGGUAUAACCCAAUCCAAAAAUAUGCGCCCCAAGAUUGCGUAACGAGAAUCAACAACAUCGUUGACAAAUUUGACUCGCUUAUUGCGAAAAAUAACACCAAGGCAAUCAACGAAUUCAAGGCUUUAUUCGGGUUUGAAAGUUUAACGGACAACAGAGACUUUGCAGCCGCUAUUGCAGACCCCAUUGGGAAUCCAGGAUUUUACCUCUCAAGCACGUGGCAAGAACUGAAUUGGAACUCUACAUAUGGUUCAAGAGAUUUCUUCUACUUCUGUGGAAAUGUUUCUGACGUUGAUGCCCCUGAAGAAAUUACUCAAGUGGACUAUGCAUUAGCGAAUUACACCGACGGCGAACCCUGGAUCGGCCUCGGCGGCUAUGCUAAUUAUGUGAAGACCUACACGCGCCCACUGUGCGCUUCGGGAGAUUAUAAUGCCAAUGGCUGUUGGGGAACUCAAAAUGCCUCGGCAUGGGCUGACGUAGAAAACACUUCUACACGUUCAUACCUCUACACAAGCUGCGUGGAACAGGGCGCGUACAUCGAUGCGCCCAAAGAAGGGCCGGCUUUGUUGUCUCGUGUUAUAGAUACCAGUUACGAGCAGCAGUGGUGCACCUGGGCAUUCCCUCCUGGGAAAUAUAACUCGAUUCCGUCGACGCCUGAUAUAGACGCAUACAACAACUUCGGCGCGUUCAACCUCAGCGCCGAUAGACUUGCAUUCAUCGACGGAGAUCAAGACGUGUGGCUUGACCUAUGCUACCACUCCAAUUUCGCGCCUCUUCGAACGACUUCUUCCGACCUGCAUCCCGAACUUCUCAUCACCGGAUCAGGACACCACUGGGAUUCGUACGGGAUUUUGGAUGUGGAGGCCGAGCCUCAGUUCAUCCGAGAAGCCCAUUUGUGGGAGAUCAAGACGGUGAAGAAGUGGCUUAAAAGCUUUGGCGACUGGAAGAAGUCCAAGUACUAGACGAGAGAUUCUUAAAAGCUACGGAACGUUAAUGUCAUAUUUAAUAUAUAUUAUUAAUGGGUACCUGAUAGAAUAGUUUAUUCAGGGAAAUCGACGUGGUUUCUUCAGUACUGACUAAAUGUAUAGCCCCGUGUGAUGUAAAUUGUGCAUAUAAUCCAUACGUAGUAUCAAAAAUGAGGGCAUAGCAGGAGUAGCUAUGUCUGUAUUCGAAAAGUAUGAAUUUAUAUGAGGUGGUGGUGUCAUGCUACAAUAAGUGUGAUUUGGCAAGGGCUUUGCUCCUAUCACGUUAUGAUGCGAAGCUAAGUGGGCACCAUUGGAAGAUUUUAUUCUCUGGGUUUGUGUGGGAUAUAGGACAAGAUAUGGUCAGUGCUUUUCAACG